UGCGCUGUGGAGUUUGUCGGAGAGGUUCUGAUUAAAUAAAAAAGGGCCAAUAAAAGUUUGAUAAACAGUAAAGUUCGCGUGAAUCUUUGGGGAGGAAAACCAGAAGUUCAGUUAUGGAUCUUUAUUAUUGCCUUCUCUGAAUCUGACUCCGCACCAGAUCAAAAUGGGAAACGGGAUAUCCGAUCAAUCCAGUAUAUUCUCUAAUCUUCCUUUCCGGAAGUCUCUGCACAUUACAAUUUUGGGUCUGGACUCUGCAGGCAAGACCACUGUCCUGUACAGACUUCAGUUUAAUGAGUUUGUGAACACUGUGCCUACUAAAGGAUUUAAUACAGAGAAGGUCAAAGUGGCCCUCGGCCGCUCUGGAACGGUGACCUUUCACUUUUGGGAUGUUGGCGGUCAGGAGAAGCUGCGUCCGCUCUGGAAGUCCUACACUCGCUGCACCGAUGGCAUCGUGUUUGUAGUUGACUCAGUGGAUGCUGAGCGGAUGGAUGAGGCUAAAACUGAACUUCACAAGCUUGCACACUCGUUGGAGAGUCAAGGUGUCCCUGUGCUUAUUGUAGCAAAUAAGCAGGACCUAAGGAACUCUUUGACCCUGGCAGAAAUCGAGAAGAUGCUGGCGCUGGGUGAACUUGGUGCCUCUACGCCAUGGCACUUGCAGCCUUCGUGUGCUAUAAUCGGCGAUGGUUUACUAGAAGGACUUGAAAGACUCCAUGACAUGAUCCUUAAACAAAGGAGGAGGCUAAAUCAGCAGAAAAAGAAGUGAUUGGAGAUGUUCAGAAAGCAAUAGAAAUGGGUUUAUAUGGUUUAUAUGGAUCUCAUUUGGUCAUGAUAUUUGACCAUGGUAUUUUAAGCUGACUGAGUUUUAUUAGUUUUAUAGUCUGAUGGUUUGUUAGUUAAAGCUGUAAACAGAUCUCUAUUAGAUUAUGAGUGGAGAAUGGAAGAGACAGUUUUUAAAAUGCAGUGCAAGUUGAACGUUUAGUACAUGAAGUUUGUUGAAGGAACACAGAUGAAGGAAGUAUGAAGGAGUGUUAGGUGUGUGGUAGACAUGAGAAAUGUGUGUCAUUUUUCAGGUUAAUAUAGGACCGAGAACACUGGACAUUAACUACUUCUAGGAUUAAACAUCAGCAAUCAGUUCAGAUGUGCUGAUUUAAUUGACUGUAUUUCUAUAUUUUAAUGUGGGUCUAUAACACUGCACCUCAUUUAUUUUCAUGUGCGAAUGGGAUUUUGAAAAAAAAAUUUGAGAAGAAACUUUUUCUCUUAACUUUUUUGUAUUGUUUACAAGCACUUUAGAUGUCAUACAUACUUUAUGUAAAUACUUUUAUGUAAGAAUAUUUACUGAGUAUUUUAUUAAUCUAAAUAAAUAUUCCUAUUGUAAAAAUGUCA